UACACAUAACGAGCACACGAGUAUCACGGACACUUUUUACAGUUGCACCAAAGCGGAUGCUCUGCAUAUGAUCCGUUACCAAUGACUCCAUGAACUGGAUUCGGCGUUCCACUUGAUAAAGCAGACACAGUGAGAGGUUGCCAUGGCAGAUGGCGUGGACCUCAGCCGGAAGUUUGUUUCCGAGUCCGAGCUAGAAGAGAGGAGGAAGAAACGUCAGGAAGAGUGGGAGAAGGUCCGUAAGCCAGACGAUCCUGAAGAGGUCCCAGAGGAGGAGUAUGACCCUCGGUCCCUCUUUGAGAGGCUGCAGGAGCAGAAGGACAAGAAGCAGGAGGAGUUUGAGGAGCAAUUCAAAUUCAAGAACAUGGUAAGAGGCUUAGACGAAGACGAGACCAGCUUCCUGGACGAGGUGUCACGGCAACAGUCUCUCGUUGAGAAACAGAGGAGAGACGAGGAGCUUCAGGAAAUCAAAGAAUAUAGGAGUGCUCUGAAGAAGCUGGCAUCCGGGGAGAGUCAGAAGAAGGAGCCAGAGAAAAGAGCCGGCGCCAAACCCCCCGAGCAUAAGACCAGCCACCUCUCCCAAGCGCACCUGCUGGCUGGGGCAGUCAAACGCCGCAGCUCCUCUCAGUCCUCCGAGAGCAGCAAGAAGCAGAAGGUGGAGGAGCCAGCAGCCGUGGCGGCAGGAAACGGCAGUCAGACAGAACAGGAGGUGGGUGAGCCGGACGAGGCGUCGCCGGUGGGCGUGACCCGGGCGGGGGUGCUGCACCUACCCUCGGCGGCCGUGUGCGUGGGCAUCCUGCCAGGGCUCGGGGCAUAUUCGGGCAGCAGCGACUCCGAGUCCAGCAGCGACAGCGAAGUUUAACGCCAUGGCACCUACACCUGACGACCCCGCCCCUCCCCGUGGCUUCAGCGGUGCUAUUGGCCAAGGGGACAAUGACUGACGUCUGUGGAUCGAGGAGAGGACUACAAAAUGUCACAUCAAUAACAAAAAUCUAAUACCAUCCUAAGAGAAGCAGACUGGUAGGAGCAGUACUGGUUAGAAUAUAUGGGGAAAAAUGUCUAAGUUUACUUUUGGAUGGUUGUGUGUGGGUUUUUUUGUUUUGUUUUGUUUUUUUAAAUGCUGCAGUGCAAUGCUGGAAUUUUUAUGAACCAUUCCAAUAAGGACAAGAAAAUGUGAUGGGACAUUAAACCAAAUGGAAAUGAAAAA